AUGGCCACCUCCAAGAAGAAGACCAGGAAGUUGAGAGGACACGUGAGCCAUGGCCACGGACGUAUCGGUAAGCACCGCAAGCAUCCGGGAGGUCGCGGUAACGCUGGUGGUGAACACCAUCACCGAAUCAAUAUGGACAAAUACCAUCCUGGUUACUUUGGAAAGCUUGGCAUGAGGAACUUCCAUUUAAGGAAAAACAAGGUUUUCUGCCCAGUAUUGAACCUGGACAAGCUCUGGACCCUCGUGUCAGAACAGUCGCGUCUCAAGUAUGCAGAUGCCACUGACGGCAAGGUCCCAGUCAUUAACAUUGUCAAAGCUGGUUACUACAAGUUACUCGGCAAAGGCAAACUCCCCAAGCAGCCUGUCAUUGUGAAAGCCAAAUUCUUUUCAAAGACGGCUGAACAAAAAAUUAAGGCUGUGGGUGGUGCGUGCGUCUUGUCUGCGUAA